AGCAAAUUUGCUUGUAGUUUGCGGAAAGUGCUUUCCAAAAGGCGAUGUCUCUAAAAUGCAAAAUUAUGUCACGUGUCUACAAAACAGAAACAAUGAAGAAACCGAAAUCUAGAAGUUUUUCCAGAGAAAUAGCGAUUGGUACCGAAUUAAUUUUUUUUAACGAAGCUGGAUGCACUGCCCAUAAUUCCAAUGAUGAAUCUCUUAACAAAACAGGAGGUGACCAAACCUCGAUACCACACUGUUCCAUCCAUAACCGUACUUUUAAUACCUUUUCCGAAAGUUGUAGAGAGGAUGCCGCAUCAGAUUCUCAAUCACAGCUCAUCUUACAGCAUUCUAAACGAGUAUUAAGUACCACAACCAGUAGUCCCGGCAUCAAAGAAGGGUCCGCCGGUGAUAGACUAUGCCCUCGAAUACAAAGAAGAGUUUCACAGCCACCACUGGCGACUUUUCAAGUCGAAGACUACUUCAUUGAAAAUUUGAUAACAUAUACAGCCAGACAGGUAGAUUACUGUCCAAUGUGUGCAAAGAAAACAAAAUGGAGCUUUGUCGCUCAAAUUAAUUGUACGUGUAUGCUGAAAUCGAACUCUGAACUACAGGACAAGCAGACCCAAACAGAAAAUGUAAACAAACUUUAUGAUGCAUUGCUGUUAUUCUCUGAAACUGGUGACUGCAUUGGUACGAAGUUGUUGCAAAUUCUUACAGACAACGGGUACAAAAUCUGCACUCUCCAGCGACAGAACAUUCUGGGAAAAUACAUCUUGGGAAUCUACACAGACUUAAUCUUAAACAGUAGUUACGUCAUCGCUGUCGUUUCUAAUGAGCUUCUCCAAGACCAUGUCACUAAACAUUUACUGAAUAGAGCGUUUCAAGAGUUGCUCUGUCGCAAUUAUAAUUUUCUUCUGCCAAUAGUUAUGAACAACUGUGAACUUCCAGAAGAAAUGAAAGGCUAUGGGUCAUACAAAGUAUCUGAUAACAAAAAUCCAAACUUAGAAGACAUAGUUGAGAGGUUGCUCGACUGUUUACCACCUAAGAGUGAUUAAUAUUUGGUUAAUAGGAAGCUUUUGAUUUGGAAGACGUAAAAGUAGAAUAGAACGGAUUCAAAACGCUAUAGAAUUGGGCCAAAUUGCGUGCAGAUUUCAGAAACAAACGAUAACUCUGAACGUUCUCACCAUAGUCAUUAUGAUGGCGCUCUACCGUGCAUUACUUCGUCACAUACUGUAGCACUCCAUUUGUUAACAUUUUAUAGGCCUACCUCUGUGAGCCAUGAGCGCAGAUCGUGGGUGACGGGGGACACGUCCCCCACAUCCCCACGUUUCUAUUUCGCAAUUGAAUUUCGUAAGUAAAAAUAAUGCCUGAAAGUUAUUGAAAUGAACUGCAUAAUGACCCAUGGUUUAACGAAAAAGCGUUGUACAGCCUGAUUACAGUACAGCAUAGGCCUACAUCAUAUUAUAGCAAGAUACCGGUAUCACUAACGUCUAAAUUACCUAUAAUACACUACUCGAGUG